AAACAUGGCGUCCCCUCUCGGGUCAAAUAAAGGCACUCCUGAAAUAAGGAGAAGACAUUGCCUUUCUUUACAAGACAAAUUACGACUUUUAAGAGAAUUAGACGAGGGAGAAGGUAGAAAAACCAACCUCGCUCACAAAUUUGGAAUUUCGAAAUCAACAUUGUCUUCUAUAAUUGCGACUCGAUCUAAAAUAGAAAAUGCAUUCCGAAUGGCAAAAUUUUCACCCAAUAGAAAAAGGUUGCGAAUGGGAAAGUAUAGCAGACUGGAAGAUCAGCUUUUGGCUUGGUAUAAAAAAGAACUUGAAAGUGGCUCUGAAGUUGCUGAUGCCCUAUUGGAGAACAAAGCUAGGGAAUUUGCCAGACAUAUGAAUUUAGAUGAUUUUUGCGCCAGCACAGGAUGGCUACACAGGUUUAAGGAAAGAAAAGGCCUUGGCCACUGGGCCAAGUCUUGUGGAGUAAAAGAAGAGUCUACUGAUGCUCAGUUAAAAGAGAAACAUGUCUACAAUUUACCUGUCAGGACAAGCUUAAAAUAUUCUGAUGCAAGUGUUGCGGAAGCUGACAGCUGCUUGGCUGAAUUCACGUCAUGGACUGAUUCUACCAAUUGGACAGAGGCAGUGCUGCCGGAUCUGCUGCGCACCUACACCCCAUCCAACAUUUACAGUGUUACGGAAACAGGGUUGUAUUUUAAAUGCCUGCCUUUUGGAAUGAAUUCCCUGCGGGGUCAGACCUGCGCAGGAGGGGAUCAUGCCUUGGAGAGGUUAACUGUUGUGACUGCUGCUAAUCUAGAUGGUUCUAGUAAGCUGCCCUUGUUUUGUGUGGGUAAGGAGCGUAACCCAAAGUGUUUCAGAGGCGUGAAACAUUUUCCAGUGACUUACAAGUGUAGCUACAAUGCUUGGAUGACUCCUGAAUUUUUCUGCAGUUGGAUUAAAGAGCUAGAUACCUUUUUCACUAAGGAGGGUAAGAAAGUUGCCAUUCUUGUAGACACCAGCCCUGCUCACAUGAAGCCCCCCUACCUUAAAUCUGUUGAACUUAUUUUUCUUCCGCCACACACAUCUCGAUGCAUGCAGUCUCAAAACAAGGGCAUUGUUUAUUUUUUGAAGUGGAAAUACAGAGAGCUAAUGUUGAAGAGAAUGAUCUUACAUUUCGAAACCCAUGAGUCGGCCAAGCCUUUUCAAUGGAGUGUCUUAGAUGCACUUCAUGAUUUGAAAAGAGCGUGGGACAGGCUACCACCCAACAUAGUUCAUAACUGUUUUACGGAAACUGGAUUCUCUAUACCUCAGAGUGACAAAACUACUAGUGAGGUCAGUUCUGAUCAUAUGCUGCAGCGACAGAUUUAUAGGUCCCUUUACCAGAGGGUCAGUUUGCACAUUCCAGUAGACAUGUCCAUGGAAGACUAUAUUACUGUGGAUAAGCGAGUGGUAACCUGGGACCAGAUGGGUAUGGUAAGCAAGAUAAUCUCUAACACCUGCUACAAUACAGGGUUCAUACGCUCCAAACAGAAUGGCUUGACAUGUGAUAAUAGCCUCAUCAUGCGUAAGCCUUUUCCAGAAUCUAUGGAAGUCUCACCGAGUUUAGAAGCUAUUUCAAGUGCUUCAGAAGAAGUGAAGCCUGACAAUCAGUUAUCUCGAUUACCAAAUGGUGCAGCUUUUAUGAUCUCCACACCUGGUCAUGUGGCAAUGCUUAAUAAUUCACUUCAUGAAAAUGGUACAAACUGCAAUGACAACCAACCAGACUCGGAUGUUCAGUCGUGUGGUCAGGUGUCUCCAAGCACACCCAAUUGUGUUUCCCUCCAGACUUCGAUCUCCACUAGCCCCAUCUUGUCUUCUGCCACUCCUAUGGAAGAAAACGGUUCCAACUGCAAUCCAAGCAAUGAUGUGGACAUUACUUUUAACACCUCCAUGACAAGUGACACUUCUGCUUUAGCCUUUGUUCUAACUUCCGGAUAUGCAGAAUCUAAUGGCAAUAGUAAUGUUAAGAACUGUGUGUCUGAAACUUUAGCAGUCUCCACUGGGGCUACUACUGGAUGUGUUGCAGAAGAGAAUGAGAAACCAAGUUUGUUUCACAGAAGCCACAAUUGUACAAUAACAGUGGAUGUGAAAGAGCCUGAAGAAACUGUUCCACCUCCUUCCCUGCGUGAAGCUCAUAAUGCCCUUCUGCUGCUGCGCAGGUUAGUUGAAUCAACAGCAACAUCCAGAAAUGAGGCUGUAGAUAUGUUUGGCUGCUUGAACCAGUUAGAAGAUUUCAUUGAGAAACAAGUAAUCAUUGCACCUCGGCAGACAUCAAUACUAGAUUUUUUCAACAGGCUUUGACAUUUUUGCACUGGUCACAAUUACUCAUUAUAAUUCAUUAUGUUCAAAUGGUGCAAUAAGAAAAUACUGGCUUAAAAAAAAUAUGUAAAAAAAUGAUAAUGCCUAUUUUAGUGGUUGUCAAGCUGCUUACACCAACAAACCGGUGGAGAUAAAAAGAAAUACUAUACAUACAACACAAACCUUUAGACGAGAAAUAUUUUUCAUUCCUGCUAGUUGUUUAAACAUAUUGAUUUGGAAUUCAUUGAAACUGAUCACUUCAAGCAAUACAAUUGUAUAGAGCAGAAAACGUUUCAUCACAAGCAAUACUUGCAUUGUCAAAUUGUUCUACUGUUACCUGAUUAGUAUUAGUUUUUUUUUUUAUUUUUAGGUCUACUAUAUUGCAGAAAUAUCAGUUUUCAUUAUAUAUACAAAUUUCAAGGCUAUGCAAUUAUAUGUGUGGUCUACAAGUGGUUUCCUGAAUGGUAAUCUGAAAGGCAGAACAGAAUCACAGUGUAGCUAGUCUUAAUACCUCAUGCAAUCUAGGCGAAUUAUUUAUUUGCUAAUCUAGGUCAAAUCUAAGGUGCAAUACACUGUUUGUCUCGUAAUUUUUUUUUUUUCGUUUUUGAAAUGUGUCGAGUUCCGAUUUUUCUCCUUUGUGGUUUAGGAGGACAUAAAAAUAAUGGUUCCAAUUAUACACAUGCAUGUUCAAUAUUCAAUGUCACUUUGUUACUACACAUCUACUUAGUACUUAAUUUAUGAUUUAUUUAAAUGAGCUUUUAAUAUCACAAGUUAAAAGUAACGCUUUGAUUUGUUUUUAGUUUGUACAUAGCUUUUUUUUUUUUUUUGUGUUCUUUUCUCUUUCAGUAAGUAAUCUAUACACACUAUCCAUCAGAAGAUCAUUUUUAAGCAAACAUUUUCACCUUACAUUAAUUGUCACAUUUUUUUGUUUUUGUCACCAUUUCACAAAUAACUAUUAAGCAAAAAAAUUCUUUAUAAAUAAUUUUAUAAUUCAAAGUAAUAAUUUAUUUUAAUUAAAAUUAUUUUUUUUUUUGGAUUUGUUUGCUAUUUGGCAAAAUAUAAUUGUCUUAUAUAAAUUUAAUCCAUAGAAAGCUGUAAUGUAAAGGUUGAAUUACCUGGAUAAGGGUUUGAAUCUCUUGCUGGUCAGAGAGAGAGCUUUCAUUUGAUAGGAGAACAUUUUUUUAGAAAUAUACAACAAUUUAAUCAUUAGGCCGAUUGGAAUAAAUUUUCUAGUGUUUUCAGAGGGUCAUUAAAAGGCUUGCUCACUAAGAACCAUAAAAAUGGUUUUAAUGGUUUUGUAUGUCUCUUCUAUGAUUCUAUGUUGAAGAUAUUAUAUAAAUGUAAAAAAUGGUAUUUUCUCAUGCUUGAAAUUUUAGAAAUCUAUUAUAAUAGACAUGAACAACAAAGAUAAAUAUAUAUGCAAUUUUUACUCCCAUUAUUUAAGUAAUCUCAUGUAUAAAUAUUUAUAAUUUCUGAUGUUUUUUUUUUUCACAUUUAAAUACCUUGAAAGCUUUAAUAUCGUCACAUAAUUCAUUUUUUUGGUUAUAAAUUCUAGUGGUUGGCCUUGUUGAAGUUCUUGUACAAAAACCUUGUUGUGACUAUUGGUGUCCUAAAAGUGUUUGUAAACUACAAAAUCAUGGAGCACAUUGUUAGUUAAACAUCAUAGUAAGUGAUGCUAGUGACUCUAAUGACUCUUUUUUUUUUUACUGAUGUAUAAAAAACACUAUUUAACAGAGUUGAUGAUGGAAACUUUUCUUUGAAUAUAAUUUAAAUUUAUGAAUUUUGGUAACUUUUAAGAUAAUAUCUUUAUGAAUGAAAUGUUUUUCAUAAAGUUAUUUUUUUUAGCAGACAUUUCUGACUAAAUUUAAUGUUUAGUUUGUACAUGCAUUAUAUUUAGGCAUAUAUUUUACAAUGACUUUACAUUCUACUGAUUUAUUUUUAACAAGACUAACCAGUUGUUGAAACGUGAGAUUUUACAUAUGGAUUGAAUUAUUAUUUUUUUUAUUAAUCUUUCAAAACUGAAGAAGUUGUAUUUUAAAAACAAAAUGCUAAUUAAAGCUGUAAGGGUUUUAGUUAAAAUAUAUUAUAUACAUUUUGAACAAGGGUACUUAUAUAUUUUUACAUUUUAUAUAUAUUAUUAAAAUCUCCAGUCACUUUUAAAGCCACAAUUCUAUACGAUAGUGUCUUUUUUUUUUCUAGACAUUAUAUAUCAGUGCUGUAAAUAUAUUUUACAUUUUUGAAAAACAUUUUGCUGUUGUUUACAUUUGACAUUGUCUCAUGAGUUUCUCUGUUGAUUUGUUACUGAACAUGACACGACUUCCAGUGUGACACAGAGGUGGUGCUUUGGUUUGACAUUGUGACCAAAUUGUUUGUGGGAUUAUCAUUUGUAAAAUUACUUCGCUGGUGACUUCAAUCAUUAAAAAGGAGAUACCACCCCAGGGAUAUAUAAAUGAGAACAACAAAACUAAAACCCAAGACUAGAGCUUAAAGAGCCAUAUUGCUGAAAUAAAUGAAAGGUCCCAAUACGUGGGUGAAAAGAACAUUGUUCAAAAAUUCUAAAACCUUUAUACGAUGCAAGCUAAAGGUCUGUGUAAAUUUUUUUAUUUUUUUUUAGGACUAAUUUGUUAGGUCCUGUUGGAAGUUGAUGCUAGAUGGCUAAAUAGUCUUGUGUCAGACUUCACUUCAUGUUAAGAUUUUUGUUGUGUGAAAACUUUAUUUUUGUUCAAGUAAAUUCAGAAUUUAUUUAUUUACUUUUUUCAAUAAAAUUCAAUUUAUUGCAAAUGUACUGAAACAUUUACAAAAAAAACAAACAAUUUAGUUGUAAAGAAGAUUAAUUGCCUCUAAAGUAGUGGCUUGACUUUAGUGAUGUUAAGUUUAAAAUAUUAUUUAAAAAAAAAAAAAGAAUUAUCAAUUUUUUGACAUUUAGUUGCUUUAUCCUAUUUUUGAUACAUACAUACAUUUUUGUUUUAAUCUUAAGUUAAGAAUCUAUUUCAAAAAAAAUAAUGGUUCUGUAUCUAAAUAAAUAUAUAAGUUUUUAAUGUAUUUGAGACAAUGUUUGAUUUUACAGUUUUUAGUUCAAAUUAUUGUUAUUUAAUAGCAAGGAAGAGAUUUUUUUGUUACAUUUUGUGAACUAUAAUGUUUUCAGCUCAUUAAUAAUAUUUCAUUGUUGUUGAGUUGGUUAUUUUUCAUGUAAGUUCCCCAAGGCGUUACUUUGUUGAUGUAACUGUUGAUUCACUAAGUUCCCACUAGGAGCAAUAUAUACUUAUUUAAAAUCAAACUGGUUUCUUUUUUUUUCCUCUCCCCAUCCAAAUUGGCCGUACACAUUUUUUGUAAAGUUUAUCUACUGAUCAAAUCUACAGCAUUUUUUUUUAUGUACAUACAACUUGAGCAAUAUCAGAGGAGCAGACUUUUUCUUUUGUACAUAACAAUAAAAGUAUUUAGUAUUGCCUGUUACUAUUAAUUGUUUGUUAUAUAUGUCUUGUAAUAUAUUUUUGAUGUUGUGGUUUAUAUUUUAAUAUCAUUUCUAAGUGGGUUUUUUUUUUUUUUCAAUAUAUUUGCAUUAAAUUAAGUUUUAUGUUUGUUUGUUUUUUUAAUGAACAUUUAAAAAAAAAAAUGAUUUCCUUUGCAAUAAGAUUGUUCUAGAUAUUGUAGCAACUUUUGUCCUGUUGACUUUCAUUCACUAAACAGAUGCUUACAAGACGGCAAAGAGAUAUUUUUGUUCCUGCAAUUGUUUUCAUUUUUUUCCUAUGUCCAAUUUCCUUAAUUUCUCAGGGUUUAUUACUGUCUUGGAAGUCAAGUCAUCCUACAUCAGUCAUUUUUGCUGUUUCUAUAUCUGAGUUCAUUUACAACAUUUGUGCAGACGUACCAAUAAACCUGGAUUUAUGGGCAUUUGUUUUCACUCUGUUUGAAAGGAAGUGUCUAUGUUGUUUAGAAUAAAGCUAACAUGAUUUCAUUUUUUUUAAAUUACUUUGUGAAACCUGCAUAACAAUUGAAAAAAAAAUUAGAAUUGAUAUAAAAAAAAAAUUUUUGGAACAUUUUUGCAUAUCUGUAGAAUCAUGCUUUCAUUGUUGAGUUUAACUUAAAACCAAAUAUAAUUGUCAAUUGUAAAUCAACACAGUCAGCUAUCAAAAACCUCUAGUUAUGAUUAGUAUAAAGUCAACUAUUUCUGAAUUUAGUGAAUUUUAGUUUUCCAGUAUUUCUACUUCAAACGCUUUUUUUAAAUAUAAUUUGAGUUUUAUUUUUAAUAGUGUAUGAUAAAAACUAAAAUGUUUAUUCUUUGUCGAUUUGUAUCUUAAGUUGUUUUUUUUUUCAAUGCUACUCAUUUUGAUCUUCUUGAGUAGUAAUAUAAUAUAUGCAUUAUUGUUGUGAAGUUUAAAACUAAAAAGUGUUUUAGCACAGAGUUCAUUUGACAAUUAUGUGGUCAGGGCAAGGCUAUACCUCUUACUGGUAGAUGAAAUCAUGACUCAAGUCUAGUCAGUUAUGUGUACAAAUGACUUAUCGUUUCAUAAUUUUACCUUUUAAUAAGAAAAGAAACUAUUGCUUGUAAUGUUUUAAAGUAAAUUAUAAGUAAAGUUUUGGAUUUAAAGAUUAAAGAAGACACUAGUUAAUGGCAUGUGCUGCAGGUUAUUGUAUGUGCUAUGUCAUUAGCACCAAAUUUAUAUUCACUGUUUGAUUUUUAUAACAUUGCCUAACAAAGUCUGUCUUAUAAAAACACAUAGACUAGAGGAAUUCUGUAAACCAUACCCUGUGUCAUCUUACAGUGGAUAUUGUCAGAUUUUUACAUUACAUUUUUAUGAAUUGUACUUAUUUUUUCUGUUUUUAGUUUCCUGAAGACUGACUCAGGUCUCAUUAAGGAAUAGUGGCAGUUGUCCAUUACCUGUGAACAAACCUAGUCAUAACUUAUUUCAUGAUCAUUUGAUUUGGUUUAAAUAGAAAACAAUAGCACAUGAUAACCAGGAUUUAAUUUGUCCUUUUAAGUAAGCUGGAACAAUUUCAAUUAGGACUAUUUUUGUUUGAUGCAGUCAAAUUAGUUAUCUCCAUUUCACUUGAGUGUACAUUUGACGUGUGCAUGCAUGUAGUUGUGUGUUUGGAAUGCCUCUCACUCUCUCUGUGUAAGGACCAUAUAAAAACAAAAUAGUUAUUUCCAAUGGCAGCAGUCCUUUAAAUAUAUAGAUCUUGUUAUGAAAAAAACAAAAUGUACAUAUCCAGCUAUGGUUUUUAAAGUAGCUUCCAUGUCUUGUUAUUUAGAGAUAAGUGUUUGUUACUCAUUAUCAUUCAUAUAUUGUUCACCAUAGAUUUAGACAAAUACAUUUUUUUUUUUUUUGUAAUGGGUUAGGGAAAACUUCCUUUUUUAUUAUUUUGUCUCUUCAUAGAAGCAUGAAAGAUAAGCAUUCUAAUUAUGUUAAUACAUUUUUGGCUAGAUUUAUUUCGCUCUUUUUUUUUUAGUCAUUGAGUUGGCAACAGAAUGUCCUUGGUUUGUCACUUUGGUUUAAAAACACACGUACUCCUACAAACAAUGUGGAGACAGACCUUGAUUUGUUGGGGGGGGGGGGGGAUGGUCUGAAUAAAUGCUGAUACCAGGCCAACUUCGCUCUCCCCGGCCUUUCUUCCCCCUCCCCCACCAUUAGCUGUAAAGCCAAGGAGAUAAAUAGAAUUUCAUAUCAUAAAGGCUGUCUAAUUAAAUCUCCUUUGCCAAUGUGACCAGUACAGCCAUCAAAUCAUUAUCUUUAAAUGGUAGUUUUAUACAGCUUUGUGUGCCCCCGUCAAGUUUGGUUGUUGUUGCCAACUCUUUGAUUGCUUAGUACCACCACCAUGUACUGUCCACCAUGCAUUGCCUGAUAGAGCAAUUCAAUCCAAAUUUCUGUCAUUGUUAGAACUACACAACUUGAUCUGAAAUAAAAAAAAUGUGACCAUUG